AUGUGCGUAAAUACCGCAAGUAACCUCCGCAGUCCCUGCAUCAUUGAGAACCUCAACGGCCAGCUAGCGGUACAGCACCGCAUGGCCACAUAUAAGUGGCUUGGUCGUCCCGAGGCGGGGGCCAGGGCUCCAUAA